AUGGAGAAGUUUCACGUGCCGCCUGACCUGGAUAGCGUCAUCGUCAUCGAGGACGAGCACCUCUACACCCACUCCUCAGCUCACGAUGCCGUGGCCGCUCUUCGAGCCCGCUUCCUCGACGCCGACGAUCUGUUCAAACCAAAACCGGCACGAGACGACCACGAGCAACCCUCGCCGCCGCUGCAAAGCCAGUCGUGA